ACGCCCAACAUGGGAGAGGGGCUGGGUCGAUGUUUUCUGCCGGCGAUUGAGAUUGCCUGGCUAAGUAAAAUGGCGGCGGGUACUGCGGAGAGCUGAGGAGAUGGGAGAGGGUGUGCAUCAUGUAUGGAUGUUUGUGUAGGAUGGGUGGCCACCCUUUCUAUGCCUGACUGGCCUCUCCUCUUCCCUGCAGUGGUUGCCAAUGAAAAUGGAAGACAUGUCUCUAUCUGGCCUGGAUAACAGCAAACUGGAGGCCAUUGCUCAUGAAAUUUACACAGACCUGAUAGAGGACACAUGUCUGGGGCUCAGUUUUGAGGUCCAUCGUGCUGCUAAAUGUGGAUAUUUCUUGCUGGAUGAAACAGACCCUGAGAGUGUAAAAGAUUUUGAAAUAGUAGACCAGCCAGGGGUGGAUAUAUUUGGUCAGGUUUACAACCAGUGGAAAAGCAAAGAAUGCGUGUGUCCAAACUGUAACCGCAGUAUCGCUGCAUCAAGAUUUGCCCCUCACCUUGAGAAGUGUCUGGGUAUGGGCAGGAACAGCAGCCGUAUUGCUAACCGCAGAAUCGCAAGCAGUAACAACAUGAACAAGUCAGAAAGCGACCAGGAAGAUAACGACGAUGUUAAUGAUAACGAUUGGUCCUAUGGAUCGGAGAAGAAAGGUGCGUUUAAUGCGUCUGGAGCAAAGAAGAGAAAAUCAGAGAAGAACCCAAAUUCUCCUCGCAGAUCAAAGUCCCUAAAACACAAAAACGGAGAUCUCUCUGUUAACUCUGACCCAUUUAAGUAUAAUAGCAGUUCAGGGAUUAGUUAUGAGAACCUCGGCCCAGAUGAGCUUCAAACACUUCUAACCACGCAAUGCGGGGUUAUAUCGGAGCACACUAAGAAGAUGUGUACCAGAUCGCAUCGUUGCCCCCAACACACAGAUGACCAGCGCCGGUCUGUGAGAGUCUAUUUGCUGGGCUCCUCUGCCUCUCUCCCCGAGGCUGACGGCAGUACGGAUAACGACAGCUUCGAUGUGGUGGAGGGACAGGCACUGAUGAGUCGGCUGCAGUGGGAUGGAUCAUCUGACAUUUCUCCUUCCGAUUCUGCGUCCUCUAAAGCCAGUACAAAUAACUCAGACACUCGCAAGCCUAAGAAAAAGAAGCCAAGUCAUGUCAGCCUGGCAAGUGGAGGUGGCACAAGCAAGAAGAAGAAACCUAAACCUCCUGCCCCUCUGACACCAGGAAUGUACAGCGAACUCAAUUGAACAUAGUGGACCAAGGAGUGCUAUACAUAGUCAGACUGGGUGCCCAAAUAUACAUGCACUGUUCUCUCGGUAUAUUUAUAUAUCCCAUGGAGACAAAUGGGCGUAAUGCCAGGUGUACCCCUAAAUAAAUAAACCCUUGAAUGUGAAUAUUAUCAGGUCUGGUAAGAACUAUGUUAGAAAAAAAGAGGAUCCAAAAUAUACCUCGCCCAAUGCGGUUUAUUCCUUUCCGCAAAACAAAUACUGGACCCAAUUUUGCCGUAUUUACUGUCUCUUCCUGUCCCACUUGCAGUGCCUGUGCCAGGUAUGGAGAGCAGUUGUGACUGUCAUAUAUGUAUACAUGCAUACAUAUAUAUAUGAUCUAAUGGGAAUCCUCAGGUCAGCCUGGAUCUUUCUACUGUGUCAAGAGGGUGCCUGCUGCUGCUUCCUCUACUGACAUUGGAUCUUGCCAUCUGGAGACAACUUUCCAACAGAACCGAGGCGUGAACUUCCUGAAAUGGGACUCUGAGACACGAGCCACCAAGAAGUUGCAGGAACCACCUCCCCCCCCCCCCCCCCCCAGUAACAUGAACAUAGGCAUGAUGUGUGCUGCUUCUGGUAUCAUUUCUGUUACAUAGUAUAUGGGUGCAGGCCGCCUGCAGUACCUCUGGCAGCAAAUCGAUUCAUAGAUCUUGCACGUUUAAUGAAAUUAUACUCAGUAUUUCAUCAGGCACAGAUUUACUAAAUCUUACAGGAUGAGGCGAGGGGGUUUUGGGGGAGGUAAAUGCUAAAAUGAUGACAUGAUGUGGAUCUUGCCAUUUAGAAUCCUGGAGACUAUGGCAGCUGCCAGUUCCAUUUUUUUUUUUUUAUUAUGUGCCUGUGAUUUAUUUUAGGGGGGAAAGACACUGUGGGAAAGCACCAUGGACUGCAGGGUUGUCCAACCUGGACCUGUUGUUGAACUAAAAUUCCCAGAAUCCUUCAACAGUCAAAGGUGUUGGGGGUUUUAGGAUUGGACAUGCCUGAUGUGGGUUUUUGUGUUUUUGUUUUUUUUACAUGGCCAGAGUAAUAUGGUUUUAAAGCUUUUUCUUUUUUUUCUUUUUUUUUUUUUUUUUUAAAAAAAAGGGGGUCAAUCUUAGUAGGAGCAAAGUGACCGAUCAACUGUGCCCUUAGUUCUUUUAGUAAAUGUUUAAUGGGGACAAGCAGGCCUGGACACAGUAUUAUAACAAAUGAGUUGGUGUCUGGGCAAAUCCCAUUGAGAAGGCUAGUGACCAAAAAAAAAAAAAAAAACCAUAAAAAAUUCCUAUCAGAUCAAAGGUUGUACUAGAUAGGGCCCUUCGGAGCGGCACCCACUUUCCUCUGGUCACUUUACUCCCUAACAGGGCUGGCCCUGCAACCUCUCAUUAUGAACUGUAUAAACUGAUUUGGAAGUGAUGGAUGUUAUGAUUUGUAUAUCAGGGUCUUCACUAACGUGUCCUUUUCCUUCCUUAAUAUAGGGGAAAAAAAAUUCUUUAAAAAAAAAAAAAAUGCCAAUGCCAAUAUGCAUCUGUAAAUUGUGUGUGGAAUAAAAGCCUGUGCUGGUAAAGAG